UAGCGAAACACACGCGCCGUCAAUACAAACAAGCGGCGCGCCGCGUCCGCCUCGUCGGCGGCGGUUGAGAAUCUCGCGGAGUUCGCGGAGACGCACAAGUUGCGCGGCGUCCGUUUUUCAAAAAAAAAAAAACAAUUCGUGCGAAUCGCGCGGUGCGUUAUAUCACGAGCGCGGCGUGCUCGCCAGGACCUCGUCCUGUUGCGCAUUGUGAGAGGGUUCGGACGUCGUGACGACCCCCGCCGUCUAACCUAACGACGAUGACCUUUCACUAACAUACGUCUAAUUUUAAUUUGCGCGUAAAUCGUCAUGGGUUAAUUAAUUUUUUUCGAUUUCAUUUCGGAACAUUAUGUGAUCUUUCGGCGCCGGUUUGCACCGCGAAAAUUUAAUUAAAUCACACUCACUCACGUAGCCAAAUAGCAAUAAAUCAUGACAAUGGAGACUGAAAAUUCAAGUCCGAAUAAUUCGAAACUUAGCCAGAAGAAAAGCAUCAAAAAGCUGCUGCUGCCCAGCAAGAAUCCCAAUAAAGUUGGCAUUGUGAUCACCCGAGCGCAAAGUACAAUCAGACGGAAGAAACCCAACGACGACGAAGCGCACCUACCCAAGAGUCCGAUCAUCGUUUCACGCCGCCCGCUCAGCCUGGACGUCUCUAACAUCAGCCCCACACACUCCGAAAGUGGAUGCAGCCAAAACCCUUCACCCUCUUUGGCUGGCAGGCCUUUUCUGUCACCUGACUUGGAAGGCAAUAGAUUACAGGUAAACGGAGACUUCGGCGGGUCGUUCAACCAGUUGAGAAGAUGUAGCAGUGUGGAAGACACCAGUAUACGAACGGAAGCGUCGCUGAUUGCCGAAACCAACCUGUCAGAGCGCAGCAUGUCGCACGACACAAUCCUGAAAGAUGGCUCCACUAAUGUGUCACGAUCGCCGUCAAGCGCGAAUAGUUUAGCGCGCAAGGCGUUGAUGGCAGCGCAAGUUUUACACCUUAUACCUACAGUGAAAGCGCGACAGAGGAACUUUUUACACGGAAGAAUGGGUACUAACACACUGCUUGGCAGUAAGGAACUGGAGAAAACGCUACCGCGUCGUGAGGUUCAUAUUUUUGUUGGGACUUGGAAUAUGAACGGACAAACGCCGCCAAGAGAAUUAAACGAUUUUGUUUUACCAAUUAACAUGGAGCACGUGCCGGAUAUCCUUGCGUUCGGUACCCAAGAGUCCUGUUCGGAAAAAUUCGAAUGGGAAGCGUCCCUACAGGAAACCAUCGGUCCCACACACGUGCUCUUCCAUUCGGUGUCACUGGGCACACUCCACCUCGCUGUUUUCAUGCGGCGAGACCUCAUCUGGUACGCAUCUUUACCGGAGGAUUCAAGUAUUUCCGUGCGGCCCGGCGUCGCGUUCAAAACGAAGGGCGCAGUCGCCACCGGCUUCAUGAUCUUUGGUACGUCGUUUCUGUUUGUCAACACACAUCUUACCGCGCAUCAGGAGAAAGUCAAAGAGCGCGUGUCGGACGUGAAAAAGAUCGUGCAGUCACUGGACUUGCCGAAAAACAUUCCCUGUCGCAAUAAGAGCAAAGACGUGACGCAGAACUUUGACUAUGUCUUCUGGAACGGCGAUCUCAACUUUCGAUUGGCGACACCGCGCAAAAACGUAUUGGAAUGGCUGUCGCAUACGAGUUUUCCGCUCCCAGCACAUUUGCCUCACGGUUACAUGCAUCACGAUCAGCUUUGUUCAGUAUUAACCGACGGCGCGGCAUUUAGGGGAUUCAUGGAGGCAAAUAUCACAUUUCCGCCGACGUAUAAGUACGAUCCUGGCACACAAAAUUUCGACACCUCGUCGAAACAGCGAGCACCAGCGUACACGGAUCGAAUUCUAUUCAAACACCGACAGACGCGUCGGCUGAGCACCCAACCAGAUACACCACCGAUAACGUGUCUCGAAUACGACUCCGUACCAUCAAUCACCACAUCGGAUCACAAACCUGUCUGGGGUGUGUUCAAAGCGCACGUUCGUCCUGGAAUUGACACGAUGCCGCUGAACGCAGGAUUAUUCAACCGGGACGUGUACCUAGAGGGUAUCCGCCGCCGCGCAAUGGCGCACGGCGCAAAGGACGAAAACUUGAAACCAUCCGGUACUAAACGGGCGAAGAGCGCCAGAGAGAAGGCGAAGAAAUGCGCACGGAACGCGGUGAAGAGAGUUUUGAGUACCGUGCAAAUGGUGCAUCAUCAUCGAGACGAAUCGGAUACUGAGCCGCUGAUUGACUCGGAUUCUUCAGCGAAUUACCCGAAUUCUGAAGAUAACUAAGCAAUUACAAAUGAUUACAAUCAUACUCUAUCAGAUUUUGCUAU